CCUUGAAACGAAUCACUCACCUUCAACCCCGACGACUUUUCGCCAGCCCGACCGGCGAGAACCCGGCGAGAGAGACUAGCGUCGUGUCGCACAAUGGAGGCUCUUCUCGUCUGCUUCAUUUUCCUUCUCAUUUCGGACUCGGCUCGAUCAGCUUCCGCGUUGAGGCAGAAGCGAUCCGAUCCCGCCGCUGCAUUCCUCAAGGACGAGGGUGGGACCGAGCCGGGGAAGGAGGAGAUAGGAAGCAGCCCAGCCCCCACCUACGACAUCUCGCUGCUGCUCCCGCCGAACGAUCUCGUGGACACGGCGCUCAGCAUUGUUCGGAUCGUCUUCGAGCAGGUCGACAACCUCGCUCCCGCCAAGUCCAUCGAAGUGCCCCUCGUGGAAAAGUCCAUCAGCAUUCCGCUCAUCGGAUUUCACCUGCCGCUCGGGACAAAAGUCAAACUGAAAGACGGGACCAUAUACGGAUUGCAAAGCGUAGUUCGCAACGGAGAAGCAACGCUGAGAAAAGAAGGUAGAGUCUUUAUUAUUGCUGGUCCUGUACUCGUGAAGUUCGUCCAGAUAAACUAUACUAUGGAAUUUCAAGUUCUCUUCCUGAGUUUUCGUGAGAGAGUGGUGAUCGAUGCCAACGACAUCUCCAUAAACGCAGAGGUCCGAGCGAUCAUCGAGCUCCCGAACACGGGAAACUUGAACAUCACCAGGUUCGAGGUAACUGAUGUGGGGGACAUGAGACUGAGAUUGGAAAGCAGCAGAAAGGCCGCCUUCAACGGGUUCCUCAACAAGAUGCUGAGGAAAGCACGCGUUUCUUUCCGAGACGUCAUAUUCAACCUCCUGGCGGAUCUGGGGAAGGAUGCCCUUGAGAAAGCAGCCGACAAGGGGAUACGAGAAAUAAAUGAGCUGACCCGUUGAUGGACUGCCCCCUACCGAGGAGAAGGUGUGGCUUCCCCUUUUUUUUUCGAUCCAGCUACAAAGGGUGCAUAAUAAAAUCCAAAACGUAUCGAGUGUAGAGGACGUGAGUCAUCCGAAAAGUGUCGA